AUGCCGACGGACGAUUUAGAGAUAGAAUCGCUUGAUGAGAAUGUCCUGGCGGAGCACAAUGGCCAGCUUGGCCGUCUGACGGUCGUCGAAGGCGAAGGUGAAGGUUGGUUCAUCCUGGGGCGCACAUGUUCCGCGAUGGCUGCUGUAACAGCUGCACAGAAAUCCUAG